AGGGUUGUAGAGACCGGGCAGAUGCUGGGACUUGCUGCCCGGCUCCAGCCGCUGAGCGGUGGUCGGGGCCUCACCGCAGCUGCUGAGAGUCGCCACAGGAGAGGGACUCGGCGCCCGGCGCCCGGCGGGGACUGCAGGCAAUGACUCAGGAUGCAGCCAGCAUCCACAACGUGCACAGAGGACCGCAUCCAGCAUGCUCUGGAGCGAUGCUUGCAUGGACUGAGCCUCGGACACCAUUCUGCUCCCUGGUCAGCCGGGCUGUGUCUGAACUGCUGGAGCCUACAGGAGCUGGUCAGCAGGGACCCAGGCCACUUCCUCAUCCUCCUGGAACAGAUCCUACAGAAGACCCAAGAGGUCCAGGAGAAGGGCACCUAUGACCUCCUUGCCCCGCUGGCUCUGCUCUUCUAUUCCACUGUCCUCUGUACACCACACUUCCCACCAGACUCAGACCUCCUGCUGAAGGCAGCCAGCACCUACCACUGCUUCCUGACCUGGCCAGUUCCCUACUGCAGCAUCUGCAGAGAGAUGCUCACCUUCAUUGAUACUGAGCUCAAGGCCCCAGGAAUCUCCUACCAGCGGCUGGUGAGGGCUGAGCAGGGCCUGCCCAUUAGGAGCCACCGAAGUUCCACUGUCACUGUGCUGUUGCUGAACCCGGUAGAGGUACAGGCUGAGUUCCUUGCCGUGGCAGACAAGCUGAGCUCACCCGGACAGUCACCCCAUGGCGCCUACACCACCCUGCUCCUGCAUGCCUUCCAGGCCACCUUUGGGGCUCACUGUGAUCUUCCUAAAUUACACCGCAAACUUCAGUCCAAGACUCUAGAAGAGCUCGAGGACAUCUUCACGGAGACUACAGAAGCCCAGGAGCUGGCGUCUGGCAUUGGAGAUGUAGCAGAGGCCCGCCAGUGGCUCCGGACCAAGCUGCAGGCAGUGGGAGAAAAAGCCGGCUUCCCUGGCAUCUUAGACACUGCAAGCCCUGGGAAACUCCACACGAUCCCCAUCCCUGUCGCCAGAUGCUACACCUACAGCUGGAACCAGGACAGCUUUGACAUCCUACAGGAAGUCCUUCUCAAGGAACAGGAGCUGCUGCAGUCAGGGAUCCUGGGAGAUGAUGAAGAGGAGGAAGAGGAGGACCUGGAGAUUGACAGACACUGUGCUGAGAGGGACUCCCUUCUCUCCACCAGCUCCCUGGUGUCUCAGGACUCCACACUGUUGCUCACCUCCUCUCAGGCCUCAGGACCAGUGCUGUCCCGCCAGGUGCUGACCACCUUUGUCUCAGGUCUCUCGGAUGGCAUAGACAGUGGCUACAUGGAAGACAGUGAGGAAAGCUCCUCAGAGUGGCCCAAGAAGCCCAGUGGCCAGCACCGCCAGGGACACCGCAGGCCUGGGCAGAAGUUUAAUAAGUUCUAUAAACUCUUAAAGAGCACCAGCCAGUUGGUCCUACGGAGGGAUUCUCGGAGCCUGGAGGGCAGCGCAGACCCAACCCUGCCUCUGCGGAGGGCAGGGAGCCUCUGCAGCCCCUUGGACUGUCCAGCUCAGCUCCCCUCCCGGGCCCAACGCUCACGGUCCCUACCCCAGCCCAAGCUCAGCACCCAACUACCCAGCUGGCUUCUGGCACCACCCUCACACCACCAGCGCCGCCGUCCCUUCCUCAGCGGGGACGAGGACCCCAAGGCUUCCACACUACGGGUUGUGGUCUUUGGCUCUGACCGGAUUUCAGGGAAGGUGGCUCGGGCCUAUAGCAAGCUCAGGAGGCUGGAGAACAGUCACCCGCUCCUCACACGGUUCUUCAAGCUUCAGUUCUUCUAUGUGCCUGUGAAGAGAAGCCAUGGGACCAGCUCCAGCGCCUGCCCAUCCUCUCUGAGCCAGGCAUCACCACUCCCCAGCCCUGCAGACAAUUCUUGUCCCUUACCACAGGACCUUGGCAUGGCCCCAUGGGAGGACAGUACCAAUGACAUCUCUCACUACCUCGGUAUGCUUGACCCCUGGUACGAGCGCAAUGUGUUGGGCCUCAUGCACCUGCCUCCUGAAGUCCUUUGUCAGCAGUCCCUGAAGGCAGAAUCUCGGCCCUUGGAGGGCUCGGCCACCCAGCUGCCCAUCCUGGCUGACAUGUUACUCUACUACUGUCGCUUUGCGGCCCGCCCCGUGUUGCUGCAGGUUUACCAGACAGAGCUGACCUUCGUCACUGGGGAGAAGACCACGGAGAUCUUCAUCCAGUCCCUGGAGCUGGGUCACUCUGCGACCACUCGUGCUAUCAAGGCUUCAGGUCCGGGUAGCAAGAGGCUGGGCAUUGACGACGACCGGGAGGCCGUCCCUCUAACACUACAGAUUAUUUACAGUAAGGGAGCCAUCAGUGGGCGAAGCCGCUGGAGCAACCUGGAGAAGGUCUGUACCUCUGUUAACCUCAGCAAGGCCUGCCAGAAGCCAGAAGAGCUAGAUUCCAGCAUGGAGGCGCUGACGCUAACCCUGACAGAAGUGGUGAAGAGGCAGAACCCUAAAUCCAAAAAGGGCUUUAACCAGAUCAGUACAUCCUACAUCAAAGUGGACAAGGUGCAGAUCAUCGGCUCCAGCAGCUGCCCCUUUGCUGUGUGUCUAGACCAGGAUGAGAGAAAGAUCCUGCAGAGUGUGGUCAGGUGUGAAGUGUCACCCUGCUACAAGCCGGAGAAGAGCAGCUUGCCACCAGAGAGGUCCUUCAGCCAACCAGCAGAGGCUGGGUCUGACCUGUGCUCCCUUCUCUGCCUUCCCAUCAUGACUUUCAGUGGGGCUCUGCCCUAGUGCAGCUAGGUACAAGGCUAGAUAGGAAAGUGCACAGCUUCUCCUGGACCACUCUUCAGGGCAGCUGCUCUCUGUGGAGAACUGAAUUGCCCCAGGCUGCAUCGGGAUUCCUCUGUAGGCCCUGCCAUGGGCCAGGGACGUGUGGCCAAUGGUAUCUGGAGCCUCCAAGAGCUGAUGAAGAAACAGGCAUUGGACAGAGAAGGGCCUGGGAUGUCCAGUCUUACAGAUGCCUCUGAGCAGAGGGAGAGGAAUAGGUGAGGGGCCCCAAAGAAAGGUGUGAGGCUUGGCUGUGGUUUAGGUCUUUGUAAGCCCUGGGCUGAGGCCCAUCUUUGGUUUGUCAAAGACUCAGGGUCCCUAACUAGAGGUCAGCCUCUCUAAGGCACAGAUAGGAGAAAGAUGGGUGAGAUUUCUUUCCUGGCCUCAGACACUAUCUCUCUAUCCUACUACUACCACCAUGAGCAUGCAUGCACAGACAGACAGACAGACAGACAGACAGACAGACACACACACACACACACACACACACACACACACACACACACACACACACAGAGGCAUGCACACACAGGCUUUCUCUCUCAAGUUCCCUGGAUACCUUGAAAAACAGCACUAAUAUUUGGUCCAUUGCUAGGACCUGGUACAGUUUCUCUCCUGAGCCCCUUGCUGGGUCUCAGAUGCUGGGGAGACAGGACAGACUUUGUUCCUUGCUAAAUACCCAGAGGAAGUUGCAGCAGUUCUUUGAGCCUCUGUUUCCUCAGUACUGAAGGGAAGGGGAAGUGGGUCCUCAAAGGGAGUGCCCUUGAAUCUUGCCCAGUGCCUGACUCCCAGCAGCUGCUCUGGAAAGACAGCAUCUUGCCCUCCACUGCUGAUGCCCUGCCUUUGCUCUUGAAUACUCUCAGGAUAGUCCUUGUUUGGCCUUGCCCCACCUAUGGAUGAGGCAGAACCCAUGCAGGCUAAGCAGCAGUCAGGAAAGACCACCUAGGUACGGAUCCUCCCCCACUUCCCUAGCAGAUAGGUUCCGGUUCACUCACUUCCUCUCAGCUGGAGGGCUGGUGUACAUUAUGUGCACCAGAUUCCAUCUCCAAAAGCUCUCUGGACAAGAUCUCAGAGGAGCAGAGGACAGACUGCUGAAUAUCUAGUGGUAGAGACAGGGGAUUCAUGCAUGGAACCCAAUAGACCAAGAGCCUGAAGUUUAAACCUACCAGACUGGACAAGUUGACAAGAUGUGGCUGGAGCGAUAAGGUGGUGAGCUAGCUCGGGCCUCGGGCUGACACAGGCGAGUGAGGAACCUUGGAAGCAUAACAAGUUGCACACAGUGUUUUUCCCAUCCUGUUCUGCACCAAAGACACUGACUUAUAGAAGCCCAUGGAACCGAGCAGAGUGCUCCUGACUUGAGAGACUGGACAGAGCCACUAUGUUGUCACCCCCCACACACACACACACCCCAAUCCUAGCCUGCCGUGUAUCUGCCAGGUUCCAGAGCAGUGUCCAGCCAUGCAUAUCAGUGUGCUUCAACCUGCUGUGUGAGCAUGAUGUUCUACUGUGUGAUCAACAUGACGUGAAUCGACGAAUGGGAUUUUAAUAUUAUUAUCAAAUAAAAUUGAUUUAUUG